UAUGGUAACCUGUGAAUGAUAACUUCCAAUUUGGUCUGCAACCAUAAUCACAUAUUAAGAGCAAAGAUUAUAUAACUUCCUCGUUUAGGACUAAUAAUAAAAAGAAAUAAAAGACAUAAAAAGGAAAAUUAAUUGGGACAGGUGUAAAACAAAGAUUGAGUGAUAUAAAAGAGAGAGAAUAGUUUCCCCAGAAAGAGUGCAAUGCCAAAAGGAGGUAUUGUCUCUGUGUUUGUUUAGUUUAUCUGGGAGCAUGUCGAAGAAUAAAAAGUCUAGCUUGGGUCGUCAAAAGAUCCCAAUAGAGAAAAUACCGAAGAAGAGUCAUUUGCAAGUCACAUUCUCCAAACGUCGUUCGGGAGUGUUCAAGAAAGCCAGCGAACUUUGCACCCUCUGUGGCGUAGAGAUCGCGAUCGUGGUUUUCUCUCCUGCAGACAAAGCCUUCUCUUUUGGCCACCCAGAAGUUGAGUCCCUCAUCGAUCGCUACACCACGCGGAACCCUCCGCAAGAUUCCAGUGCGCACCACCUCGUUGAGGCUCAUCGGAAUGCGAACGUUCGUGAUCUCAACAUGCAACUCACUCAGGCUUUUAAUCUUCUCGAGGUUGAAAAGAAGCGAGGGGAUGAUCUGGAUCACGUGAGGAAAGCUAGGCAGAGACAAUUUUGGUGGGAGAGUCCCAUUGAUGAGCUUGGAUUGCAUGAACUGCUCCAGUUAAAGGCCUCCAUUGAGGAGCUCAAGAAGAACAUAGAAAAACAUGCCACCAAAUUCAUCAUUGACCACUCCACUGCUAUAUCUUCUUCGUCGAUUCUUGGACCUAGUAAUGGAUUUGGUGCACUUGAACAACGGUAUGAACCUGAUGCUGGGAUUGCCAUGGCUUCUUCACUUCCUAAUGCUCAUUAUCUCGCCUUUCGAAAUGGGUAUCUUUGAUCUUGUUCUGUUCUUUUCGGAGGGGUGAAUCAGAAACACUGGUAAGGUUGGUUUAUUGUGGUUGAAAAUAAUUUGUCCAUUAUUACAUAUAAUUAAUCAAGGA